CAGCUCUGGAGCUGGGAGCCGGCACCUCCGAGAUGGGCCUAGAGGACACCGGCCGCCGCAGAGAAGGGCCCUCCCGGGGGCCCCACAGCAUCCUCCACGCGGCCGGGCUCCGGUCCUCCGCCCUGCGUCCCUCUCGAGGCUUCCUCGAAGGCGGCAGGGGCGUGGACGGCCCGGAGGAGGCCCAGGCCGCCGGUCCGCGGCUGGAAGAGCUCAAGCGGCGGCUGGUGCGCGCCUUCCAGCGGGCGGUGCUGCGCGGCAGCUCCAGGCGUUUGCGGGAAGAGGCGGCGGCGCGGGAGGCGCAGAGCCGGGCGCGCGUGGAGAGCGCCCUGGCCGGGCUGCGCGCCGAGCUGCUGGAAAUGCGUUUCCAGAAUCGUCAGCUGGCCAGAACUCUGCUGGAUUUAAACAUGAAAAUGCAACAACUGAAAAAGGAGGACGAAAUGGAAACUGCAUCAGAAUCGCAAAGCUCUGAAGAUAAUGUUCAGAAUCUGGAAUGAGUAAAUGCACAGAUGAAGGUUUGAACUCUAAGAAUAAUGCAGACAAUGCCAAAACACUUCUAACAGUAACGUGAUGGAUGCUUAGCAUAAGAUUUUCGGGGCAAUUUUUAGACCAAAAUCUUCUAGGCCUUGGGGAAGUGCCAGUGCUAUGAGAGGGGAGAGAGAAAAUGGUGUGUUGACAAGUUUUAAAGUUAUGUAUUGUUUCUUUGGGACAUAGAAGUAAAAGAAAGUACUGAGACUUACCUGUUGGACCAUUGACUCAUUGUCAAUGAGGGGAUAAGAAUCUACCUGCCAAUGCUGGUUUGAUCCCUGGUUCUAGAAGAUUCCACAUGCUGUGGGGCAACUAAGCGCCGAGCUGCAACUGCUGAGCCACGCAGUGCAACUACGGAAACCCGCGCGCUCUGAGCCCGUGCUCCGCAAUAGAGAAGCCGCUGCAAUAAGAAGCCCGACUGUCGCAACUCGCUGUGUAAUAGCCUCUCGCCUCCGGUAGAGAAAG